AUGAAACUUCUUGUUUCUUUGGCUAGCAUGCUCGCUGCGGUAGCAGCUUUCCAGAUUGAGGUUGAGCCACUUGUCUUUCUGAUGGCCGCUUGUAAUUCAGCUAGACAAACAGUAACACCGCAGCUAAUGCAAGAAAAAAUGGAAAGAACCUAUACAGCGCCAGAAAAUUUGACUGGAAAAAAUUUAAAGAAAUUUUAUAAUAAAAAAAUGGUUUACUGGGAUCAGUAUUACGAAUAUAUAAAUAUGCCUUUGUCAUGCAUUUUAGGAAUACUCUAUGGUGCUUACAGUGAUUAUAUGGGCCGAAAGCUGCCGCUUCUAAUAGGGAUGGCUAGCGUUGCGGUGGAUACAGCAUUUCAUAUGCUUGUCUUAGGCCCAUCGGUAGAUCUUUCGCUGUAUUUUUUGCUUGUCGAUGCUUUUUUCACAGCAUUUAUGGGUAAUUUUAGUUUAUUUAUGAGCGCCUGUAAUGCCUAUAUGGCUGAUACAUUUCCAGUCAAGAAAACGCUUUCUAAACGAAUGGUAAUUGUAUCAGUUUCAUUCAGUGCCGGUGCUCUUUCUGGUUCUUCGCUUACAAGGGCUGUGGUCAAACAUUUAAGUCCUAUAAAAGUAAUGUUGAUUUCUCAAUGUUGCGUUUCUCUUGCCGUUUUGUAUGCGUUAGCAGUUAUCAAAGUGAAAGAACCGGGCAAGAAAUCGUUGCUAACUGAUCAGGGCGAGGAACAUCCAGAAAUAAGGCAACAAAAAAAAUUCAUAUCUCCUCUUCAUGUAUUCAAAAAUUCUAUAAAAUCUUUUGCGGACUCAGUAAAGAUUUUCUUGGUACCACGUGAAGGUCAUCGUCGAUGCUUCUUAUAUCUGACUAUUCUGGUUGCCUUUUUAGACCAGUUUGUAUUUGGGGAGGAAAAAUCUCUGAUUGGCACUUAUACUCGACUACCACCAUUUAAUUGGAAAACCGAAGACUAUGCUUUAUAUAAAACGAUCCGGUCGAUUAACCGUAAAUAUUUUUCUAAAAUCUUUUGGAUGUUCUUUGGUCUUCUUGUCUUCAAGCAGUUCCUAAAAUUGACUGAUACAAUGAUCAUCGUGCUAAGCAUUCUCUCAAUGGGAUUAUGUGGUUUGGUUGUUGGUCUUGCCCAAAAAUCUUGGCAAAUCUACGUGUCAAUACCAAUUGGAGGUCUUCAUGGACUACUGAAUCCGUUGACGCUGACAUUCAUAUCGUGUCUUGUAAAUGCUGACGAAGUCGGUAAGGCAUUUGCGGUCAAUUCAAUAGGUGGAAAGUUAGCCGGCAUUGCUCAAAAUGCAAUACUGAAUAAUAUCUAUACCGCAACAAUAGUCUGGUGGCAGGGAUUCGUCUGGGUUCUAAUGGCUGGGAUUAGUGUUGUUGCUGCUCUGAUCAUCCUGGUUAUUCAUUUUGUUGCUAAACGUGAGAAGAUUGGAGCCUGA